CUGAAUAACAAACUUUGAUUAUGGUUAAAUCUUGUAAGAUUUUAGAUACAGCAUCGCCUUCAUCAGUUGUGAUCUCUUCGUCGGAUUCAUCUGAUGGUGAAGAAGAUGGAUAUCCUUUGUCCUCCAUAACAGUGGUGGAGGCUGAAUCUGAUAGUUUUUUGCAAGAAGACAUUGGAAUUACCUCAGACCUAGUAUCCAAAGCCAUCAGGACUAUUGACAAUACAACAAGUUGGACGAACCAGAAUGACUACGGCACUCAAAUGAUGGCGACUGAAGAACUUCAGUUUAUCAGGACUGUCUUGGGCAGGCUUGAGUGCUCCUUUGCCAGGCAGGAGGCCAAGAUGGAUCGCAUCCUAACCUUGCUGACAUCUUCAACUUCUUUGCUGCAAACUCCCCUGCGUCCGUCCUUCACACCAGUUAACUCACAUUUUACGACGCCAUUGCCGACCGAUUCUUCCGCUGAAUUUCCACCGCCCCCUGUCACGCCUAGGCCGCAGGACGUGGAAGUUCGUUGUCCAGAUCAGUCCUCUUCAAUGUGCAGUCCUAUGGAAGAUGGAACUGGUACAGUUGCAGUUGGAGGAAAUGCUAAUGUGCGGCUGACAAAAUCUGACUACAAUUUUGCGAAGGCCGCCUCCAAACCCACCGUCAUGAGCCUUCGUCUAGUUGACCACCUCUUUACAAAAGACACCCUUACGAAGUCAACUGUUCAGGGUACCAAGGAAUUUUCUCCCCUUGACCGAGACAAACUUGAUGCAAUUAAAACUGAAGUGCUGACCGCCUUUUCUUAUCAAUGCCGGGGAAUGGAAGACGUUCUACGGAUGUGGGAACAGUGCAAAACAAGUAUUGGAAAAAGAUGUCAGAAUUUACGAAAAAAUAGAGCAAUGUGACUAAACUAGUUUUUGUUUUCAGUCGUCGCCAAUUGGUAU